GGGGAGGGUCCAGGCCGGGCCGGCGGACGGCAGGAUGGGCUGCACCGUGAGCGCCGAGGACAAGGCGGCGGCCGAACGGUCCAAGAUGAUCGAUAAGAACCUGCGGGAGGACGGCGAGAAGGCAGCGCGGGAGGUGAAGUUGCUACUGUUAGGUGCUGGGGAGUCAGGGAAGAGCACCAUCGUCAAACAGAUGAAGAUUAUCCACGAGGAUGGCUACUCAGAGGAGGAAUGCCGGCAAUACCGGGCGGUCGUCUACAGCAAUACCAUCCAGUCCAUCAUGGCCAUUGUCAAGGCCAUGGGCAACCUGCAGAUUGACUUUGCUGACCCCCACCGUGCGGACGACGCCAGGCAGCUCUUUGCGCUGUCGUGCGCUGCCGAGGAGCAGGGCAUGCUCCCUGAAGACCUGUCCGGUGUCAUCCGGAGGCUCUGGGCUGACCACGGUGUGCAAGCCUGCUUUGGCCGCUCUCGGGAAUACCAGCUCAAUGACUCGGCUGCCUACUACCUGAAUGACCUGGAACGCAUCGCACAGAGCGACUACAUUCCCACACAGCAGGAUGUGCUGCGGACCCGUGUGAAGACCACUGGUAUUGUGGAGACACAUUUCACCUUCAAGGACCUGCACUUCAAGAUGUUUGACGUGGGUGGUCAACGGUCUGAACGGAAGAAGUGGAUCCACUGCUUUGAGGGGGUGACAGCCAUCAUCUUCUGUGUAGCCUUGAGCGCCUAUGACUUGGUGCUGGCUGAAGAUGAGGAGAUGAAUCGCAUGCAUGAGAGCAUGAAGUUGUUUGACAGCAUCUGCAACAACAAGUGGUUCACAGACACGUCCAUCAUCCUCUUCCUCAACAAGAAGGACCUGUUUGAAGAGAAGAUCACACACAGCCCACUGACCAUCUGCUUCCCCGAAUACACAGGGGCCAAUAAGUAUGACGAGGCAGCCAGCUACAUCCAGAGCAAGUUUGAGGACCUGAAUAAGCGCAAAGAUACCAAGGAGAUCUACACGCACUUCACGUGUGCCACCGACACCAGGAACGUGCAGUUCGUGUUUGACGCCGUCACUGAUGUCAUCAUCAAGAACAACCUGAAGGACUGUGGCCUAUUCUGAGUGGCAGCGGGCCUGGCAGGAUGGGCUACUGCUGACUCUGCUCCCCGUUGCCUCUAAGGAAGAUGGGGACAAGAAGACCACGCUCCCUGCCUGUCCCCUGGCUGCUUCUCUUUCCUCUCUCUGUUCUCAGCCACCCCACCCCAUCCCCUCCUUCAGCUCUAAACUUGGAGGAGGGGUUGCCACAGGCCUCCCUAUUUGAAGCCUGCCCUUGUCUUGAGGUGCCAGGAGUGGCCAUGGUACCCCCUUCCGGGGCCUCUGUUCUGGUUUUCUGACCGUUGUCUCGUCCAGUGGUGGGGAAGCACAUUCAGAGUCGCCUAAGGCCUGUGUCUGGAGGGGCACCACUUCUCCAGCCUGGACCCCUGCCCUGGCUUUGUCCAACACCAGCCCUGACCCAGCCCAAGUCCAAAUGUUUACAGGGAGCCUCCUGCCCACCCCACUCCCUGCCGCUCGGAGGCCCCAAAGGAAAAAGCACAAGAAACGUGAGAGACGCCAUCAUUCCUGGAGACCACAGUCCACCUGUUCAUUCUCGUAGCUUUUUAAAAAAAAAAACAAACAACAAAAACAAAAAAAAAAAAAGAAAAAAAAGAAAGAGGAAAAAAAAAAAAGGAAAACUGCAAACCUAGAAAACUUUUUAGAGAAAACCUAUUUAAAAUUGUCAGAUCCUGACCAGCAACCCACCCAGCCCCCUUUCCAGUGAUUCCGUGCCUUGAGUGUGUCUGCGUGUUUACACCCAUCCCUCUGCGGGCGGUCCCCUGCCCUGCCCUCCACGGAAUUGGGUUCCAAGGGCUGUUCCAGACAACUGCCAAUGUCACUGAGGGCCCCGCCCUGAGGCCCUGGGCCCAGGCUCCAUUAACCUAAAUGUAGCUCCUUAGCGCUAAUCUAGGAACCGCCGCUGCCUGCUGAGGGGCCAGGCCCCUCCUACCCUCGCCCCAAGCCCGGGUCCUUCAGCAUUGAACACUUCCUUGCUUUUUUCACAUGUUUUAUGGAAUUGUUCACAUGGUUUGAAAUAAUAAAAUGUAGAAAGAAAAA